AUGGCAUCAGGAGAGGAUGCUCUACGAGGAGUAAUUACGGAGUUAAAAGAGAAAAUUGCAAAUAUCACAGAGGAAAUGAUUCAACUGCGAAAACGCCAAAAAGCGUAUAUAGCAAGAUUGAAGCUUAUGGAAAAUCAUCUGAAUCAACAUCACCCAAAGGAAGGCAUAGAGGGAUGCACUGAACAAGCAGAUAGCAGCGAUGAAUCGUUCAGCACUACCGAAUUGUUGGAACUCAGCUUGUCAUCAGUUAGUUCUUCGAUACUUGACAGUAAUGCAUCAUGUUACGGUAACGACAGUGAUCAAAAUGACUCGGAUAGCAACGUGGAAGAUGGCAGACAUAGCCGAUUUCGCUAUAAAGAAAAGCAAGAAAUUAGCAACAAGGAAACAUAA